AUGGCUCUAACAUAUCAAAAGUUCUUAUUAUUUGGAGAUUCCAUCACCGAGUUCUCAUUCAAUACAAGAAUGAAUGGGGACCAGACUGAUCAAUUCUCACUUGGAGCGGCAUUGGUCAAUGCAUACACCAGAAAGCUCGAUAUUGUUCAAAGAGGUUUUAGCGGAUACAAUUCUCGGUGGGCACUGAAACUCCUGCCAAAAAUUUUGGAGCAAGAACAAGAUGUGGCUAUCAGUACGUUGUUCUUCGGUUCGAACGAUUCCUGUCAACAUGAGCAACAAAACGUGCCACUACCUGAAUUCAAAGAAAACACCAUCAAGCUGAUUCAGAUGAUGAAAAAUAAAGGAAUUAAAGUUGUUGUGGUAGGCCCUGCUCUGCACGACCAAGACCACUGGUACUCGUUGAAGAAGCCAGAGGUUGAUAAGGGUUACGUUCGUUCAAAUGAAUUGUAUAAACAAUAUAGCGAUGCUGCGGAAGAAGCUGCUCGUGAAGAAGAUGUUGCAUUCGUGAACCUGUACGAAGCGUUCAAAGACCAGGGCGAUACAUGGCCAGAGCUUUUAUGUGAUGGGUUGCAUUUCACCGGCAAAGGUUACGAGGUGAUGUUCAAUGAAGUGCUGAAAGCCGUUAACAAACGCUAUCCUGAAUACUCACCCGAAAAUGUCGAGUAUAAAUUGCCAAAUUGGAGACUCGUUGAAUCGAAUGGGUCUACUUUAGAUGCAUUAAUCUAA